AUGCAUGUGUGCUUGUGCAAAACUGAUCAGAAGGCCACAAAACGACAAAGUUCCUAUUUUACACAAUUCGUGCCCCGGUUCAGCAUAAAAGUGGCCAAAAUUCGACGAAAACAGCGCAAGUGUGAUAAAACCACAGUGCCACAGCCGUCUGCAAAACGAACGAAAACAAAAGAGAACAGUGUUGAUAGUACGACAAGCAUUUUAAGCAGUGGCAGCGGCAGCGGUAGCAGCAGCGGCGCCGGCAGUCGAGCCAGCAGUGGCAAUAACAACACCAGCAACAACAACAACAACAGCAAGCGCGCAUACGCGUCUUUGGGCCGGGGAGCGGCCGACGUUGUACCUGAAGUUCGUUUACUCCCAACAACAACAACAGCAACAGCGCCAACAACACUUACUCGAGCAGCAGCGGCGGCGGCAGCGGCAGCGGCCGCAGCAGCGACAACAACAGCAACAAACACAGAGGCGGCUGCCGGCCGGUGUCCGGCUGAGGAAACUGUUGUUGUUAGUGGUGGGCGGGUCGGUGGGGGCGUGGAAGGCGCACAGCUAACAAAGGGUCCACUGAAUGCGACGAAUUUGUCGCUGCCCGUUUGCUUGCGCACCGUGCAAAAGCUUGCCGCUGAGCUCGACGGUAAAGCCGACGUCAACGUCAACGUCAGYGACAGCAGCGACGUCGACGGCGACAGCGACGCUAACGUUAACGACAUGUCGGAAACGGGCUGCCGGCACUAUCAGAGCUACGUAAAGGAGCACAGCUACGAUACCUUUCGUGUUAUCGAUGCCUACUUCGCUGCCUGCGUCAACAAGGAUGCGCGUGAGAAAAAGGCCAUACACUGCAAUUGCUUCGAGUGCGGCAGCUAUGGCAUCCAGCUGUACGCCUGCCUGCAUUGCAUCUACUUYGGCUGUCGCGGCGCUCACAUCACCAGCCAUCUGAGGGCCAAGAAACACAAUAUCGCAUUGGAGCUGUCGCACGGCACGCUUUACUGUUAUGCGUGUCGUGACUUCAUAGCUCUGGUACACACGCCGCUGCUGAGCGACUAUUUCAUGUCGGAUCGCCACGACUGUGGCAAGUCCUCACACAAGUGUUUGGUAUGCGAGGUGUCGCGUCUCUUCCAGGAGUUCUAUUCGGGCUCACGUACUCCAUUGUCGCUGCAUCGUUUGCUGCAUUUAAUUUGGAAUCAUGCGAAACAUCUGGCCGGCUAUGAGCAGCAGGAUGCGCAUGAGUUCUUUAUCGCCACGCUGGAUGUGCUGCAUAGGCAUUGUGUGAAGGCCAAGUCGGAGCACGAGAGCAAGAGCAACAGUUCGAGCGCCACGGGUGGCAAUUCCAGCUCCAGUGCCAAUGCAACGGCCACGCAUUCCUAUGGCCAGUGCAAUUGCAUCAUCGAUCAAAUCUUUACSGGCAUGCUGCAGAGCGACGUCGUGUGCCAGGCAUGCAAGGGCGUUUCCACCACAUUCGAUCCCUUCUGGGACAUCUCACUGGAUCUCGGCGAGACGACAUCGCAUGGCGGCGUCACACCGAAAACKCUGAUCGAUUGYCUGGAGCGCUAUACACGGGCCGAGCAUCUCGGCUCGGCGGCCAAAAUCAAAUGCUCCACCUGCAAAUCGUAUCAGGARUCCACCAAACAGUUYAGCCUGCGCACUCUGCCCAGCGUCGUGUCGUUCCACCUGAAGCGCUUCGAGCAUUCGGCACUGAUCGAUCGCAAAAUCUCAUCGUUUAUUCAGUUUCCCGUUGAGUUCGAUAUGACGCCCUUUAUGUCCGAGAAGAACAAUGCCUAUGGGGACUUUCGGUUCUCCCUGUAUGCCGUUGUCAAUCACGUGGGCACCAUCGAUACCGGGCACUAUACGGCCUAUGUGCGACAUCAGAAGGACACGUGGGUCAAGUGCGAUGAUCAUGUGAUAACAAUGGCAUCGCUCAAGCAGGUGCUCGACAGCGAGGGUUAUUUAUUAUUCUAUCAUAAGAAUGUCUUGGAGUACGAGUGAGAGACAUGGACAAGGACACAAACUCAGCGCAUCUAUAGAGACUGUUUAUCUCGCUCUCACAAAUCACUCCGCCACCCACACUCAUAGACACACACUCACACAGUGUGGCACUCUUGGUGCCAGUGCAUGUAGCAUACACACACAAACACAUCCAACUACGAUUACUACAAUUCAACUACAAAUAUACAAAAUGCAGACAAGAACGCGGCAGCGCUUACAACAACAACAACAAAUCUUAAUCUUAAUUAUU